GCUACUGGAGAGGUGGAGUGUGAAGAUGCCUCCAGAGCUGAUGCCUAUCCGAGAUAAGGAAAGCCAAAUCGGAAAUGCCAUAAAGAGGCACUGCAGGUGUAUAAAUAGAACGGACUGGCGCGUACCUGGGCAUCGGCAUCGUCCUGCACCUCACACUUAACGUCUGAUAGUCAGAGACUUGCGGAUCACAGACAGACAUGCUGACUGCUAGCACUGCUUUUAUCCUCUCUACGGCACUGUUCUGGUGCAGCGCGGACGGUUUCACUGAUCAUGCCAUUGACUGCUGUCUGACCACCACAGGACAAUUCCUUCCUCGGCACAUUGCAGUGUCAUACACAAUGCAAGAGAAGAGUGCUUGCCGCAUUCCGGCGACUGUCUUCAUCACAAGGAAGAACAAGAAAAUCUGUUCUCCUCCCUUAGAGGAUGCACGAUAUCCCUGGGUGAAGAAACUUAUCACACACCUGGACAAUCUUAAUGCUUUACCGCAGUAAACAUGGGAUGAUGAAUGCAAGUGAGCCAGCUAAAGACUUUCAGACCACUGUCUCCAGUUUCUCUUCUCUGGGCCAUAUGUGAAUCUACAUCAUUUCAAAAUUUGUAUUAUAGAAAAAGACAUUUGCCAAAAUGGUUUUUCAAUUUCCAGAUUUUCUUUCAGUGCAUUUUAGAAAUGAUACAAGCAUCCUUACUGUAAACACAGAAAUGUAUAUGUUAACUUUUCUAUAUAUCUUAGUGCUGCUGAUGAAUUGUGAUUAUUAGUUUUUUAUGAAUUAUAUAUGACAAUGUAAAACAUGCAUGAAAUCAAAUAAACAAAGCAAAUCAAAUUCCA